AUGGAAGCCAUCGAAUCAAAAACAGCUUUACCACAAUUUGAUACAAAAAACCAUUACGUGAAACGUGCUCCAUCAGCAAAAUCGGGACUCGAUAUUGAUGACAGUGCUGAUGAUUAUUAUGUUAACAGUGCAGCUCGAUCUAUUGUAAUAGUAACAAAUGAUUUGAUUCCACUUUUACUUAUAAUUGAUAGUAUGUCUUCAGAUAAAUCAUGGUCUGUGGUUCAAUGUCAAUCUGAUCAACUUGAUUCAAUACGCGUGGCCACUGUUUUGUGUUCUUCUAUCAUUACUUUAUCAUCAUCUUUUAUUGUUGAUUCUUCAUCAGCUGCUCAUGGAUUUUCAACUGAACGAAUUGCUCGUUUAUUAGAAAAAGAUCCAUUGAAUUAA